AUGAGACGCUACUGGAAGCGGCAGGGCUACCACCGCAUCGACGGCGCUUCUUCCGCCGCCUCGACUAGGAUAUUCGGCAGGUCGAGCUCGGAGAGUAGUCGCAGAGUAUCAACUGCGCUGCAAUUGAAAUGGAAGGAAAAAGGAUUAAUUAAAAACUUGACAUCCCAAUUCCAAAGAAAUCUCUCUUCCCCCACGGCCUUCUCCGGUUGCCGACUCCUUGGGAGUUUCGGUGGUGGAGCUGAAACUAGUCCCGCGCGACUUCUCUCUUCGUCGUCGUCUUCGGAUCAAAAUCCAGCAGCGGCGGAGGAAGCCGCCAGGGAUUCAAGUGAGGAGGUUGCUUCCGAGAUCGAGAAUUGA